AUGUCUAGUAGGCAGAGGGUAGAGUUUAAGACCCUCGAUGGGCUUACUUUGAGGGGAGAUCUCUAUCCAGCUGAAACCCGUGGGCCGGCCAUCAUCAUCACCCCAGGGUUUCAUCUCGUCAAGGAGAUUUUGGCCGGCGACAUCGCGUUACAGUACCAACGCAACGGCGUCACCGCACUGGCUUAUGACCCCCGUAACUACGGUGAUAGCGACGGUCAACCACGCAACCAUAUAGACUCUAUCCGCAACGUCACUGACUACAGUGAUGCACUUACAUUCCUAAAAGGUCUUCCCAUGGUCGAUCCCAAUAAGAUCGCGUUCUGGGGAGCCUCCUGGAGCGGUGCCGUCGCUCUAGGGGCUGCAUCCCUCGACCCGCGCGCCAAACUCGUCCUCUCCGUGUGCCCCAUGGUCCAAGAUAUCAACCCCUCCCCAGCCUCCAUGAAAAUGUUAAAGAAUGCCAUGAAGGACCGGGAGUCGAUUGUCAGAGGCAACCCACCCUACUAUGUGCCUAUAGUCAACGAGGAGGGCAAAAACCCCGUUGGUUUCGGCCCUGCUUACUCCAAGGACGACUAUGAACUGUCGCAACGCGCUCGCAAUAGCGUGGCGCCUAAUUUCAGCCCCGAUAUGACCCUUCAGUCAUACUUCCAGUUGGUACAGUAUGACCCUGUGUCCACUAUGCGGUUCCUCAGUCCAAACACUGCGGUAAUGCUCCUAACCCCCGAAUUCGACGAGAUUUCGCCCGCCCACCUGCAGAAGCAGAUUUACGACAACGUGCCGGGGCCGAAGAGAUUAUUCUGGGCCCCGGGCCAGCCACAUCGUGGUGUGGUAACGGGUGACUAUGCGGAGGAGGGUCUGCAGAAGCAGAUUGAGUAUUUAUGGGAAGUCUUUGGGCCGAAACCCUGA